UUUCUCUUGUAGACACUUUUUUCGUGUAACUUUGAAUGAAGCUCUGGAUAGGAAGAAGCACCAGUCGCGCUUAACGCUGCUUCUGACGAUAACUAUACCACAUAUAUAAAAAAGGCGGUACAAUGGAUCUUUAUGAUUAUAUGAGCCCAAGUACUACAACGGAAGAGCAAAAUGAAGAAGGAUACGAGAAAUUAAAAGAAGAAAUGGGUUCCGCAUUGGACUCCAUAACUGGAGGGAAAUUUGGUCCCUUUUGGAGUAAAUUUAAAGAAAAGAGCGAAAGCUUUAUGGGUGAUACAAGAGAGCGUGCGAAUACAGGGAUGAGUAAUUUGAAAGCACAAUUUGAAGAAGGUAGUUCCUCAGGAUCGACAAUGGAAAAUCUUCGCAGAGUGGAAGAGUCAGCAGGUCGUUAUUGGAAUAGUUUUGGAACAAGAGUCAAUGGAUUUUUGGACAAAGCGCUACAGGUCAAUCCAAAAGGGGAAGAACAACCAAGUUUAACAAGAUCCAAAUCUUCUCGUGCAAGUUUAUUUUUGAGCCGUCAGGACAAGAAAAUUUUGCGAUUGAUUGAAAAUUCAGAUCUCUUUCGAAAUCCCGUGUCUGAUGAGGGUUAUAAUGAUUGGGAAAAGGGAAUUUCCAUUGAUAGCAAGACAGAUGAGAUUUCAGCUCUCCUACAAACAUAUGAAAACUUGCGUAACCAAAUGGAAGAAUUAGUGCCUUCACAGGUUUCAUAUGAAGCCUUUUGGAAACGUUUCUUUUGGUACAAGGAACAACCAACGAAAUCCCUGAGUUCUAUGCACACUGAAGAAGAAAUAUUUAGUUGGGAUGAUGAAAAAAGCGAUAUUGAAGAAGAAGAUGACGAUAAGAAGACAAACGGAGGGAAGGAAGAAGUUUCUAAAGAUAAUAAGGAGGAACUCGACUCGGAACAAAACAAAAAGAACAGUACUUCAACUUCUGCUAAUCACGUUGAUGAAAAAGUAACUGCAGAGCCUUCCUUAACUGAAAGAGACGAUACGAAACAAAAUAAAGACAAUGAUGACGAUGACGAUUGGGAAUAAACUUACUGUUUACUGAACGCGAUAUGUUUGUUUCUCCGUUAUUUCGAGAAUAUAAAUCCCCGUUGUUUUGGAUUAUCUACGCACAUGUUAAUGAACGUUUGUCAAAAGGAUUAUUAUCCAUGAAGAAACUUUAAAUAGCCGCUACUUGUCAACCUAAUGAAAGACUAUGAUAAAAUAACAUUAAAUUCUAUUAUCCUAGAACGAAAGAACCGACAACUCACGAUUCGAUCAGCGUAUUCGUAAACAUAUCAUGGAAAGUUGUGUCAUUAAAAGGUAUAAUAAAAAAUAUAUAGAAAGGACUACAGAAAGCUCAUCUGGUUUUCUAUAGCCAUCCUUUACUUUGCAUUUGUGGCCUCGUAUCGUUGACGAUUUACAUCGCACAGGCGAAGGUCAACAACGCGGCCGCAAGCAGCCCUGUCCUCUUCUCCCACCUGCGAAUACUGAUCCACCAAGUAUUCCAAGCUAUUGAGAGGCCUUGUCAAUACCUCGGUGUUGUAUGCUGUCAAUGCAACGUGGAUAUAAAUAAUCAGCACCAGUAUCCAGCUUGGAAUUGCAAGUGCCCACCAGCGGGAAAGGUAAGACUGUAUUUCCAGAUAAUUCACGGCAGACGCUGGAAGGAUUGCCCAACAGAUGAAGAGGCCAAAGGCGACCAUCGAUACCAGGUACAGAACGAAUCCAUAGUACUCAUAAGUAGGGACCUUCACCAUGAUAUCCCAUUCCUGUUGAUCCAUUUCAGAGACGUCAAUUUCGUCUCCUUCAGGAGUGGUAGACCUCGCACGCAACAUCGUUGUCAAUGAAGGAGACGGCGGAAUCAACAUGGGAUGUCCAUAGAAUGGUGGAUCAAACACCGUAUUUGAGAGGUUAUCAUUGAAUUCAUCCUCUACAAUUCCGUCUAGCCUUUCUAAGGGUGACGAGUACUGAUUAUCUGCCAUUCAGACAUAUGUUUAUAUUGCUUUGUGUCAAUAGAAGAUGGUCAUUGUAACCAGGCAACACCUUAUAAGGAAGUUUCUUAGGAAGAUAUUAACAACAAAAUUUGUAUGUCGUUAUAUUUAAUUAACGAAAAUAAAUUAAGAUGGUACGAUACGUUAAACAUUA